UCUCAAGAACAGCUGUCUCAUCAAAUAUACACCGAUAGGAAACCAAUAAGUUAAUAAUACAAAUGCACAUUUAAGCAAAGCGUCAAUAACGCGAAGAUUCCACACAUAUGUUCAGUCACGAAGAUAACAUACUUUGAAAGACAGAAAAGAAACCAAAACAUUUUCCCAGAGAGAAAGAAAAUCCUAUAUAAUAUCCUACGAAGUUGUCACAGCUAUCCAAUAUAGCUGUCGUUGUUGGCGUUUGUCCAUCGUGUGUUCUCAACAGUUUUAAAGAUGCCAAAUAUCACGAACAUCACUGGUAGACUAUACGAAAACCUUACGAUUCCUUAUUGGGGAUUCAACUCGACAUGCGAUUGGCGAGCAGCAGUUCAGGUUGAUCUAGUUUUCAUUACAAUAGCCUUGAUCUACAAUAUUUUGAUGGUAUUGGCCCCAUUGUUUGCAAAACAUGAACAAACAUCACAAAGCAAGAUAAUAAGCAGCUAUACUUGUGCUGCAAGCCUUGUCAGUCUUUACAUGAUCUCGCUCGAUACGAGAAUGAUUAAGAGUGACAAAGAUUAUCUGGAUAAAGAAAAGCACAUGCUGUAUAUUUUAUUGUGGUUCAUGAACUAUCUUUUCCUGUACCACUUUCAUCUUCUGUCGUGGGAUCAACAUCACAGCAUCAUUAGAUACAGAGGCCAUCAUAGAUUUACGACAGUAUCCAAAUUAAAACAUAUCGGAGUUGUGGUCUGGUUCGCAGCGAUUGCGUUCGCUUUCUUGGAAGCAUUUUUUGUUUUUAAUCUUGGAGAUUAUCAAAAAGUGUCUGACCACCAAAAAGCUACACGGCUGUCUAAGUUUCGACUUGUAAUAAUUUUAAUAUCGGUCGCAUUUUGUUGGCUCGGACCAUUGAUUCUCGUGAUAUCUUGGAAUAGAACUGUCUUCAGUUUGCUGUUGAGAGUUGUUCACAACGGUUUCAAAAAGAUACCAAGAGAAACUGAGAUUGACAUGGAGAUCCAUUCAAAUGGAACGAGCAACACCAUAGAAGAGGACAAUGUCGAAGACGGCCAUACGAAAAAAUACAAAACCAAAAAGAACAAGUACAUUCAUGGCUUUGACGAAGAAGAAGAGGAGCAAGAAAAAGAAAAGGAGCUGGCGACGCUUCCCGAUGAUAUAAAAAAACAACUAAGUAGAAGCUUCUUGAAUCUUAUUGUACUAACAAUAUAUGGUAGCACGUUCAUGAUGUGGUUAGUUUACCACGCUCUGGCAAUAAUUCGAACAAGCGACAUAUUAGAUGGUUACAAGCUGUACGAUAUCAUUUAUAUGUGUGAGUUGUACAUCUCCAUUAACACAAUUCUGAAAUUUCAAUUUUUGCUGAACCCGUUAUGGUUCAUUUAUUACAAAAAUGAUUUACGUGCAAUGAACGUAAGAUCACAUGGAGUAACACACGAAUGAAAUAAAGAGAUCAGAGGACGUUCUAUAAUGAUACAUUACCUUUGUGAUUGUAGAGUUAAUGAGUAACACAUGAAUGAAAUAAAGAGAUCAGAGGACGUUCUAUAAUGACACAUUACCUUUGUGAUUGUAGAGUUAAUUUAAGUAUGUUAAAGUAAUAGUUUAGAAAUAAAAGUGUAGUUUCAUGAUUGUAAUUAGAGUUAACAGAACUUUUAAUUGGAAAAUGAUUUCUAGAUUACUUUAAACUGUGAUGACUAUACUUGAAGACUGCAUGUACUUGGAAGUAUAUAAAUACAAAUUUAAACGUCGGUGUUGAUAAA